CAGCCAGUUGCUGAGUGCCCCGAGUGAGAGGAACCAAGAGACAACAGAAGCUGCCAGGAAUUGAAGCUAGAGAAGGAUCCUCCUGCUAGGUUGAGGGUGGUAGCUGCAGAAGCAGCAACGAAGAAAGUUGACAAGAUGCUGUUUAUCUUGGUACUGCUCACGUCCUUCCUCUCCAUCUUGUAUCUGACAGCUCCAUCCAUCAGGAAGUUCUUUGCUGGUGGAGUUUGUACAACAAAUGUCCAGAUCCCAGGGAAGGUAGUGGUCAUCACAGGUGCCAACACAGGCAUUGGCAAGGAGACGGCCAGAGAGCUUGCUCGAAGAGGAGCACGAGUAUACAUUGCGUGCCGAGAUGUGCUAAAGGGAGAGUCUGCUGCUAGUGAAAUCCGAGCAGAUACCAAGAACUCCCAGGUGCUAGUGCGGAAAUUGGACCUGUCUGACACCAAAUCCAUCCGAGCCUUUGCUGAGGGCUUCCUAGCAGAGGAAAAGAAGCUUCAUAUUUUGAUCAACAAUGCGGGAGUGAUGAUGUGCCCAUAUUCUAAGACAACAGAUGGCUUUGAGACCCACUUUGGAGUCAACCACCUGGGACACUUUCUUCUUACAUACCUGCUGUUGGAGAGGCUGAAGGAGUCUGCUCCCGCACGGGUGGUCAACCUUUCCUCAAUAGCUCACCUGCUUGGCAAGAUCCGUUUCCAUGACCUCCAAGGCCAGAAACGAUACUGCAGUGCUUUUGCCUAUGGCCACAGCAAGCUGGCCAAUCUGCUCUUCACUCGAGAACUGGCUAAGCGGCUCCAAGGGACUGGAGUCACCGCCUAUGCAGUUCACCCAGGUGUCGUCUUGUCUGAGAUCACCAGGAACUCCUACCUGCUGUGUUUGCUAUGGCGGCUCUUCUCACCCUUCUUCAAGUCCACUUCUCAGGGAGCUCAGACCAGCCUGCACUGUGCCCUGGCAGAGGACCUAGAGCCCCUGAGCGGAAAGUACUUCAGUGACUGCAAGAGGAUGUGGGUAUCCUCAAGGGCCCGGAACAAGAAAACAGCUGAGCGAUUGUGGAAUGUCAGCUGCGAGCUUCUAGGAAUCCAGUGGGAAUAGUUGGCCCGAAGACCAGAGCCUUUUCAGGUCCAAUCCAUGCCAGAAAAAAAAGAGGACCAAAGAGAAGGUUGACCUGAAAGGAUUAUCCUGGCUUGCUGCUGCGGUGACUCCUGCCCACUAAGAAGCUUCCGGAACCCUGUACACACACAACGUUUUUGUGAGGCAGGGUCGGAGUACAGGAUGAUAGUCACAUUUCCAGCUCAUUCUCAAAGACUUAGAGCAUCCACAGCUCUCCGGGGCAAGAGAGCUGCCCGUGGGGGUGGUAGAGGAUCCUGGGGAGUUGGAUUAGUUCCCCCCCCCCCCAGUACUACUGACCUGAGCUUACACGCUCACAGGGAUACCAGCAUCACACACUUCUAUACCCUCCAGCUCUAGAUUGGUCUCUUUUUCUUUGAAAUGAAAUGUUAGUCACAGCCCUGGAGUCUGGACCAACUCAGGAAGACGUAGCUCACUUUGGCCAAGCUUCAUUUCUUUCCUUUGAGCAUCCUGGAGCCAUUGUAUGAAGUUGGGCCUUCCCGUUUUUCACCAUGUAGAUCCCCCCCCCACCCUAAACCGUUCUCUUUACCUCAAUUUUUAGAGAAAUAAAGAUUUAUAUUAUUCUCA